GGACCAGAGAGCAUUGACCUGCUGAGUGGACUAAAGAUGGGGGAGCAAGGUGGUUGGCUGGAGGCUAACAGAGCAGACUGGGUGGCCAUCUUGGAUUCCCAGACCCAGACGGGUACAGCUAAGAGCCCAGGGGACAAGGUCAAUGAGCAGGCCAGGAUCAGAGGGGACAGCAUCAACUUUAAGAUGGGGAACAACACUGUUAAGCGCAAUCAGAAACAGACAGUCGAUCACAAAACAACAACCGAACUUAGUCUCCAUGACAACAGACUGGCUGAGACCAGGGUGGGGCGUAAAUUAGGUCUGCGGGGACAGGGACGUCCGUCCUGCUCCUAUAGUUGUGAUUCAGAGAGACUGAUGGGGCCUCAGGUUAACCCCCUAACAGGUGCUGCCUUCAGCCUGCCUUCUAUAGGAUCUAUAAACUGGAACAUGGACCCUGCGACAACACAGACACUCCCUGGCCUUCAUCCUCCUCACACUCUCCUAAUGUUAAACCAGACCUCAGACAAUGCCAGUGCCUCAACACUAAAUGGCUACACAAGCCCAUUGACAAAUGACAGUAGUAGUAGCGCUAUCAGCAGAUCCAGUGGUAAAGAGAAGCGCUUCCCGUGUUCGUUCUGUGGGAAAGCCUUCAGUUUCCCCAAACAGGUGAAGAUCCACCAGAGGAUGCAUACGGGGGAGAAACCGUUUGUCUGCCCCCUAUGCCGGGCCAGUUUCUCCCACCCGUCCAACCUGAAGAGGCACCAGAGGGUCCACACAGGGGUGAAACCCUUCAGCUGUACCCAGUGUCACAUGUGCUUCACCCAGGCUGGCCACCUGAAGAGGCACCAGAGGGUCCACACGGGGGAGAAACCCUACAGCUGCCCCCAGUGUGAGAAGAGGUUCUCCCACCAGCACCAUCUGAAGAUGCACCUGAAGAUCCACACAGGAGAGAGGCCGUUCGCCUGUACGUUACCUCAGGAUACACCAGCAGAAAAUGCACAUAGCCUUGUAUAGAUUGUAGUGAUAUGUAGUAUUAGCUAGUAUAGUGUACAGUGACAUGUAAUGUAGUACUAGUUAGUUUGUAGUUAAUUCUGUUGGUUUAGGAUGUAGUAGGGAACUGGAUGAGGUGAACUGAGGAAAGAAUGAGUAUGAUGAGGCAGAGUAGAUGAUAUGGUGAUGAUGGUGUCUGUAAAAAUGCUUCAAUGAUAACCUUGUCUUUUUGUUUGAUGCUGGUGUUUUAUAAUGAGGAAAUUAUAGUGCCUUAAUUCAUGUUUACUUGACAUAAAGUAGUGAAGAUGUGCGUACUGUAAUGUUGAACCUUUUCCAAAGCGAGGGAACCAGAUUUACAGAAAAAGGUAAAGUGUUACCAUAGUGAGAAAAGUUAUUCUACUUGUCACAUAUUUCAUUUGUGCAAUGUGUGUGUGACCAUUUAAAAAAACAUUAAUUACAAAAUA